CACUGCAUUCCCAGGGUAGGUAGUCUCAGAUCAUGGACUACCAACUUCGGCUAUUCUCGGCAGAUGUCGUCCUAUGUCGUCCCACUUUCCUGGGUAGUCCCUUAUGUAACGCCGGAUGACUACUGUGGACUCCCACGUCUGAGGUUAUUCUUGACAUUCUAGCCUGGUCUAGCCCAGUUCGCGCCCACGGUAGUCCAAUCCCAUCUCACCCGGCGCCUAUUCAGCUCCCCGCGCCCUGCGCUCCUCAGUGGCUCCUAUGUAGUACCUUUGAUGACCCAGUGACACUUCGCUCGGACAUCAAUCUGAGAGCACGACUGUUGACAGUGGUAUUACGUAAGGAACAAAUGCCAAGAUGAGACGCUGAGAGAUGAGGGUGUCGGUAUCUGCCAUUGGCUGAUGCUGGUAGUCCACGGUGGUUCAUAGACAGACUACACAGGUAGCCCAGAUAUCGGUCCCGGGCGCCCAUGAUGUGGACCGAUAUAGGUAGCCCACGUGCGUCGACCUGUCUAGCCCAUCAUCGCCCACACUCGGCUACUAAUCGGUCCCACGCGCCCACGUGAGGACUACCUAUCCUGGGAAUGCAG